GCCAAGUCAGAAGACCAGAUAGCCACAGAGAAGGCGUGGCUGGAGGCAGAGCAGGUAUGGCUGGUUCACAGGGGAGGAUUUGCUGCUGCCAAGCUUCUCAAGGAGGAAGGAAAGAUAGAGGGCAGCACUGGAGAGGGCAAGUGUAAGGUGAAGCUGGAACAUGGAGAUCAGGUUCUGGAAGUGGAUGAAGAUGAUGUAGAAAAGUGCAAUCCGCCAGUGUUUGACCGUGCUGAGGAUCUUGCCACGCUGCGGUACCUGAAUGAGUCGGGUGUCCUGCACACAAUGAGGCAGAGAUAUGGCAGUAACCUGAUCCACACAUAUGCUGGUCCCUCCCUCCUGGUGGUCAACCCCACACACCCACUCUCUAUAUACUCUGAAAAGGUUAUUCAGAUGUUCCGAGGUUGUAAACAGGAAGACAUGCCUCCACAUGUGUAUGCAUCGGCUCAGAUUGCGUAUCGCAAGAUGCAGACGACGGGCAUUGACCAGUCGAUUGUAUUUGUGGGGAGGAGUGGCAGUGGGAAGACCACCAAUGCUAAGCAUGUGCUACACUAUCUAGUGACAGCCGCAGGCAGCAUCAAUAAUGUAGUCACAGUGGACAAAAUCAAUGCGGCCUCCAUCCUGCUAGAGGGAUUUGGUAACAGUAAAACCAUCAUGAACACAAAUGCCACACGCUACUCACAGAUGACCUCUCUGGACUUUGAUGUGUCUGGCCAGGUAGCAGCAGCCUCUAUACAGGUAUUGCUGCCAGAACGCUCUCGUGUUGUGAGAAGACCAGAAGGAGAGCCAACCUUCCACAUCUUCUACCAGAUGAUUGCUGGGGUGGAUGGGAUGUUAAGGAGUGAACUUCAUCUCCAGAACCUGGAGGAAUACAACAUUUUCAUGACUCCACUGCAGAGGACUGAAGACCAGCAGAAAGCCACGCAGCACUGGGCAAAGAUUCUCCAGGCCAUGCACAUUCUGGCAUUUAGUGAGGCUGAGUCCAAAGCCAUCUUCAGUGUGCUGGCUGCCAUAUACCACCUGGGAGUGGCUGGGGCUAUGAAAGGUGUAAACAACCGGCACCACUUUGCCAAGCCAGCCUCAGCCCAGAAGGCUGCCAGUUUACUGGGGACCACAGUGGAGGAGCUGUCCAGGAAUAUCUUCAGUCCUUCCACUGGUUCUCUCCCUAGGGCAUCCUUCAGAGCGUCCCCAGUUGGAGAGAGAAGUGGAGACAUCACAGUGUCAGCCCUGGAGGCCUUGGAGGGUUUUGUUAUAGGACUGUAUGCUGAGGCCUUAAAUGCUGUGGUCUCUCUAAUCAACAGGUCCCUGUCCUCCAAUUACCGUACCCGUACCUCCAUCACCAUCCUGGACACCCCGGGGUUCCAGGUGCCUGCCAGCUGUGGGAGGCAGACAGGUGCUACAUUUGAAGAACUGUGCCAUAACUACAUACAAGAGAGGCUCCAACUGCUGUUCCAUGACAACACCUUCACCUCCCAGCAGGACAGGUUUGCUCAAGAAAACAUAGACUGUGACUUUGAUGCCAUGUCCUCAGCCAAUCCUGCAGCUCUGGUGGAAGCAAUAGACAGGCAGUCCACCCAGAGUAUGGUGCGAGCCUCUAAUAAUGAUCUACGUGACUAUGAGCAGCGCGGACUGCUGUGGCUGCUGGAUGAAGAAGCCAUCUUUCCCGGCGCCACAGACGACUCCUUCAUGGAGAGGCUUCUCAUGCAUCACGGAGAAGGACAAGAGAAACCCAUGACUGACCACCUGCUGACCAAGGGUUCAGCUAACAACAGUUUUGUCCUGCAGCACAUGAGGGGCACCACUCCAGUCCAGUAUAACACCACAGGCUGGCUCAGGGUGUGCAGGGAGAACCCCGUCACCAAGAUGGCCAGCCAGGUGCUUCUGGACUCACAACAACCUAAUAUCACCCAGCUAUUCUCCACCAUUCGUGGCCCCAUCUCCACGGUGAUCACAGGCUCUGUGGCUGGGAUAGAGGGCAGCACUGCACUGCGUAGAGUAUCCAGCAUCAGGCGUGGCUAUGUCAGUGGAACAGCAGGACUCAAAAGAAAAUCCGUCUGCUUGCAAGUUAAAUUUCAAGCGGACUCUGUGAUUGAAACCAUACGCCGCAGCCAGCUCCAUUUUAUCCAUUGUAUCUUGCCCCACGCCCAGGCUGGCCUGUGUGAGCAGAAAUCCUCCCUUCUAUUGCCAAAUAAAAACUCCACUGCUGAGGACUCCAUGUUAGAUGUGCCAUUAGUGAGAGCUCAGAUCAGAGGCUCGGAGAUAUUAGAAGCUGUCAGGAUACACAGACAAGGUUUCCCUGACCAUAUGCUGUUUGCUGAGUUCCACAAGAGAUUUGAGGUGUUACUGCCCCCUGAAAUGAGACCCAGUGGACCCACAGUAGACGAGAAACAGGUCUCGGAGCAGAUCCUGCAGUUCUGUGAGGUGGAGAAGAAUAACUUCAAGCUAGGUCUCAGUCAGGUGUUCUUCCGUGCUGGUGUACUAGCCCAGUUGGAGGAUACCAGAGAUGGAAAGAUAGCUGACACUGUCAUAGCAUUCCAAAAGUUCUGCAGAGGAUACCUGGUUAGACAGAGAGUCAAGAAGUUACAGGUCCAACACAUUGCCAUCAAGUGUAUCCAGCGCAAUGUGAGAAAGUUCAUGCAGAUCAGAGAGUGGUCUUGGUGGAAGCUGUACACCAAGGUGCAGCCUGUUCUCAAUGUGCACAGGACGGAGGAGGAACUGAAGGACAGAGAGGAGGAACUGGAGUCACUGAAGAUGAAGCUUGAGAAGUGUGAGAAGGAAAAGACCAGCUAUAAGCAGGCCUGUGACAAACUGGAGAUCAAGUGUACAGAGCUGACAGCUGAUCUGUCUGAGGAGCACACCACCUCCACCCACGCCACCGAGAUGUUGGAGGCAGAGACAGCUGAGAGGAUGAGGCUGGAGAAGGACUUUAAAGAUAUACAGACCAAGUUUAACAGCAUGCAGCGUAAAAAUGAGCAGUUAGAGAUGGAGGUGAUGCAGGCGCGGCUCUGGACCGCUUCUUCUCUCGAGGAUGAAAUGGAUGAGGAUGAGGUGGAUGGAAGUGACAUAUACAAGCAGAGAUGGGAGCGUGCCAUGAGGGAGUUAGACUUUACCAAGAGGAAGGUUCAACAAGAGAAAGAUGAGAUAGCAGAGCAGCAUGAGAGUCUGAGGAAACAAUUGGAGAGAAAGUUACACGAGACCAUGCUGGAGUUGGAGGAGACUCAAGGCCAGGCGAGCAGCUUUAAGAGGAAGUCCCAUAGAGUGAACCAAGAGCUGCAAGACAUGAAGCUCCAUCUGGAGGAGAGUCUUAGCAGAAACUCUGAGCUGGAGAAGAAACAAAGGAAAUUUGAUUCUGAGCUCCACCAAAUUACGGAUGAAUUCAAGGAUGAAAAAAUACACAGAGAAAAACUACAACAUGAAAGAGAUACAAUAUUGGCAGAGAAGCUAACACUACAGAGGGAGCAGGAGAACUUGAAGAUGGAGUUUGAACUACAGAACGAGAAAGUAGACCGACUGGAGCGAGAGUUGAGAGACUUGUCUAGUUUGGGAACUAAGGAUGAUGUUGAGAUCAUGAACCUAAAACGUGCCAAGAUGGAAUUGGAACUGAAGACCAAGGAUCAGGAGGAGGAGUUAGAUGAACAGGCUGGCACCAUCCAGCAACUAGAACAGGCCAAGCUGCGUCUGGAAAUGAACCAGCAGAAACUGAGGCAGCAGUAUCAGAAGGAGAUGGAGGAGAAGGAGAUCGAGCUGGAGGAAAUGAGGUCAUCCACUCAGAAAAAGGUUCGACAGCUUGAGGUGCAGGUAGAGGACGAGUAUGAAGAAAAGCAAAAAGCUUUACGAGAAAAGAGAGAGCUGGAAAGGCAGUUGCAGGAGGUGGCAGAGAAAGCACCCAAAAGAGACAAAGAAACUGAAAAGAGAUUAAGGAAAGGUCUUAAAAAGACAAAGGCUCUGCUAAAGGAUGCUCAGACAAUGUUAGAGAAGAGCAAAGAAGGGGCUGCCUCAAAAGCCUCAGUUAAACAACUCAGGGAUAAGCUGGAGGAUGCAGAAUUUGCCACAUCAGCAGCUAUCAAAGCCAGGAAAGGUAUUGAGCUAGAACAGCAGGACCUCCAACAGCAGUUAGAGGACAUGACGAGAAAUAAGUCAGAUGCAGAAGACAGGUGCCUUUCACUCUCCAGAGACAAGACUGAGCUACAAACUCAGCUAGAAGACUUGGAAGAAGAAAUGAAUGAAUUGAUGAGGAAAUACAAAAAUGUAGUACAGCAGCAAUCGGUUGACCAAAUAAAUCUUACAGAACAAUCUACGCGGUUAGAGGAAUUGCAGCAAGAAAGAGAAAUGCUAAGAGAACAGAAUUCCUUAUUACAAAGUAAAGUAGAAUAUUUAGAAACAAACUAUGUAGAUAAACAAGUGGUGAUCCGCCUGGAGUCCAAAUGCAGAGAACUGGAGUCCAGACUUGACCUGGAGCUGGCUACAAGGCAAAGACUAGAGGCAAGCACAACUAAGUUGAAAGCCGAUGUAGAAAAACUUACCACAGAAAAAGAUAACCUUCAGGCCAAGGAGCAGGCUGCCCAAGAGAAUGCCAAGAGAAGUCAGCGGCAGCUCAGAGACCUACGGGAAGAGUUUGGAGACGUGCAGAAACGAGAGUUGGAAGCUAGUCAGAAGAAAACCGAAUUAGAAGUGAAAGUUGAAAACUUAGAAGCAGACAGUGAGCAGCACCAAUCUGAUCUGAAACUUGCCUUCAAGAGGAUAGCAGACCUGCAGGCCGCCAUAGAAGAUGAAAUAGACAGUGACAGUGAUAUCUCAGACAGUGAUGGAGAAGAUGAUGGUGAAGACUCAGAUUCCUCCAUAGACAUUGACACAUUCUUGGUGAACCACCGCCAUCAGCCCCUGAACCGGAGCGGGAGUGGUAGUAUAAGCAGCUUGGAGUACACGCCCUCUCAUAGGCUGUCUGCGGGCACAGACGGCUCGGAUGUAGAUGGACACAGUAGGUUCCCCCGUACCAGACACAUAGGCUCGAGACUUAGCAGUGAAGAGCCUUCCAUAGUCGAGGGAGCAGACGAAGUUGACCACGGCACAAAUGGGGACAGGCAAGACAAUAUGGCGGCAAUACACAAUGGCACAGAUGGCGCCACAGACUCUCCUAAAAUGACUAAAGUUUAUGAACAAGGGCAUUUUUUGUGAUAUGACAAACAUAGGGAGGGUGAUGCCAGUAUUCAGAAACAAGUGACAUUUAUUGGAUAGUGUCACAUAGUUUGAGAAGAUACUUUUUUCUGAAAGGUUGAUUGGAUCUGAUACUGCUCUGAGCGCUUGUCUGUUAAAGGUUCAUGCCAUGAAUGGUCUUUCUUCUCCUCAGUAUAAAAAAGAAAGUAGGCCCGUCAGUGGAGCCUUAAUGUGACAAAUGGGUUGCUAUUUGUUGCCCUUGCUGAGAUUCCCCUGGUCAUAGGUGGAACACAGUUGAUGUGACACAUUCAACAAUAAAAAUGUGUAUUAUUUAAAAUGCAGUUCCCUUCAAUACUGCUUUGUUGAUCAGCAACAUUAAUUUUUAUUUUAUACUUAUUGUUAAUGGUUUAAGAAGUUGGGUUGAUAUUUUCAUCAGUAGCAGUUUAAACUCAGGCUUUGUCUAAUUCUGUCAUAAGAUAAAGGUGGUGUAAUAAAAUUAUUAUUAUUAUAUGAUUGCUAAUAAAUUGCUCUUUAAACAAGUCAUUACAUACAUGUAUAAGGUUUAUUUAAUGAUACUUAAAAAUUACAAUGUAGAAUUUGUAAAUUAUUGUCCUUCUAAUGUAACCUUGCCUUGGCUGUUACAACUGUUUCAGUUUGUUAAAGGUGCUUUUGCUCCAAACAUUGAAUUUAAUUCUCAUAACACAUAAUUGCAUAUUAAGUUAAAUUGUUACUAGAGGGAAUUAUAAUGGAAAUCUACCAUUCCCUGUUGGAUACUCUGUGAUCGUACAACUCACUUUUCAUGUGUUGCUCUAAAAUAGGCUGCAUUAACAAUUUAGUGUUUGGAACAUCUAGGAGUAGAUACGUAAUAGGCAGGGUGUACAACGUGAACCUUGGCAGCUUCCAAGUUCAUUCUUGUUGCCAACAUUGUGCUUUGAAGAUGUGGAGGACUAUCACCCACACCUUUAGGUCUAGGUUAUCUAGGUUUAUAGUAUCUUCUUCAUGCCAAUAUGUAGAUGAACAGGUACAGGGUAGUUUACAUAUGAACUAUAAAACUAGUGUCAUGGCACUGGAGUAACGAGUAACUGUGGUUACCGUGUGCUUGCUUAUUUUUGUUAUCAUAUAUUUAUGUGAAAUUAUGUAUUUCUUGUUGAUGAUGAAUUCUAGCCAAAGGCAUGAUGUGUACAGUCUUGGCAUAUUUUACAUUAAACUCAAUGUGAUAAACUACAAAAAUGGCGUUUUUUUUUUCUACCUAAAGUAAGAAUCGAGACUGUUAUUUAAUCUGAAAACUUAAAUCUUAUUUCUAAAACAAAACCAACAUUGAAGUGAACAUUAUAAUUUUUAUUCCAUCUUCAGUACUGGAUGUCAAUGUUGAAAAAUAAAUAUGUAAAAGUUAUGGCUAAUACUUCUAAAAGUGGGGAUCUUGAUUCUGUUACGACAUCUAUUUCUAAGCUGUAUAUGGAAGGAUAUAGGAAAUACAAUGUUAUCAAACUUUGUAUAAUUUAUGGUUCAGAUUUAAUGACACAAAUAUAACUCAACACUUACUAGAUGUAAAUGGCAUCCAUUUCAAUUUAUCAACCUUCAAAACAAAUACUGCUGUAAAAUUGUUGAGCAAAAUCAUCAUAUUGGCCAAGAUUGCUUCACUAUUUCACUCAAGUUCCACAAUCUUUAACUGAAAAACCAGUCAAUUGACAAUUUAAAAAAAUUCUUUUAAUUUCAAUUACACCAGAAAAUCAACCAGAGGCUCUAAUUUUAAACCCAACUCCACUACAGAAAUUCUGUAAUUGUUUCUCUGUAAUUUAUAAAUUUAAUGCUGUUGUAAUCUAUGUCUUCCUUGGAGGCAAAUCUGAGCAAGCAUUUGCCCCAGAUCACUUUCUAUGUAGCAUCAUGCAAGUGUAAAGAGUUCAAAUGAGCACAUUAUGACACAAAGGUUAGCAGUAAAAACCUUACAUAAACCAAGAGUGGUGGUAUGGUGAAGCAUUCACAAUGAAAAUCCCUCUAGGAAGACGAUAUGCACAUGCAUAACCACUGGAACCCAUUCCAAAAAACUCUGCACUAAAAAAUGGGUCUGAUUUUUAGAUCAACAUUUUCUCCCACUUCAUAAUAUACCUGCAGUAGUUCACUCAAACAGUUUCAAGUUCUUGUAUGGAACAGAUCCCUGACCUGGCUUAUAGAUAGUUAAGAAAUUAGCCAAAAAAAUCUACAUCUUCACAUUCUCAUAGCUAGUUGAGGAAUUAGCCAACAGAAUCACAUGCAUGUGCCUUUUUCAUUGUUUAACUAAUCUUUGACAAGCUCAUCUAAUGAUCAACUAGAGGAUUUUUUAAAAUCUGUCCACAAAGUGUAGUUCUAUGUUGGUGAUAACCAGAAAUGUAACCUUUACUAUUAAAUGAUGACGGAAGCCAUCUAUACUGUAGUUCUAUGUUGGUAACCAGAAAUAUAACCUAUAGUAUCAAAAGAUGGCAGAGGCCUUCUAUAUUUUCAGCACGUGCCAAUUCCCAGCUACAGAUUAUCACAUAGCAUAUCUACUGCCUACGUGUAAUGCUGGUGCCAUUCUGACUUCACAUUUCUGAGUUACUUGUAAUUUAAUUUCAGGAAACAUAACUUGGUGAGCUUAUUCAAUCAAAUCUGCAAUAAGCAAAGAUGGGAAGCUGGUUUUUGUAUUUUGUGUAGCACUGAUGAGGUGACGAGAAUAACUUAAUUAAAAUCACCACUGCACAGUGUCAUUGCUUACCAAAUAGCUGUCACGAAGCAAUAUACAACAGAUCACUACAGACUGAACAUCAUGAAACUAAAGUUUGUAUAUUUUGUUCAUUAUUUCUGUCCCUUUUAAAUAAAACUAGGAGAUUCUGUUUAUUUUACUAGCACCAGCUGGCAAUAGCUGACUCUUUUAAUCUGGUGCAAUCUCUUCAAAAAAAAAAAAA